AUGGGAAGGAGAAAGAAGGACGGGAAACAGCAUAAAGUAAAGAAAGACGUGAUUAUUCGACAAACCUGCUCCUGCUCUCACACCUCUUCUUAUCGAUCUUGCACAGCACAGCAGCAGCAAGGAUUUAAAGCCGAACCUCGACUUGGACUAGGACUUCAAGCUGAAGCUAAUGCUGGAUCUGGAUCUUGGCCUGGACCUGGACUUGGACUUAGACCUGGACCUAGAUCUGGACUUAGACUUAGACUUGGACCUGGACCUGGACCUGGACCUGGACCUGAAUCUGGACUUAAACCUAGACUUAGACCUGGACCUGGACUUGGAGCUGAAGCUAACCUAGACUUAGGCUUAGACCUGCACCUGCACCUGGACCUAAUGCUAAACCUAGACCUGGACUUAAGGCGGAACUUCGACUUAGAUUUAAACUUAAAGCUGAAGCUGCUAUAUCUGGAUUUAGAUUUAGAUCUAGAUUCAUUGCUAGAUGCUAAAGCUAAAGAUAAAGCUAGAAUUAAAGCUAGACUUGGACUUAGACACAAACCUAGACCUAGACCUGAAGCUGGACCUAGACUUGAACCUAGCGCUGAAGUUGAAGCUACUAGACUUAGACCUGGAUUUGGACGUGAACUUGAACCUGAACUUGGACCUCGACUUGGAUUUGGACGUAAGCUUGAGCUUGGACCUGGACCUGGACCUGGAUUUACUUCUAGACUUCUCCCACCAAGGAGAGCUUAG